UAAUUUUUUAAUUUUUAUCAAGUUUAUUUUCUCUUGAUUCAAGGGGAACCAUAUGUCAUAUUUUUUCUCGCAAUGGAUUAUAUUUAUUUAAUGCUGUCUUAUCUUGUCAGUUUGAUAUUUUUGGAUUCCUGGGUGCAUGCAGCAAAAACUCAAGCAAACCUCUCUGGAAAGCUAAAUGAAUAUGGGCUAAUUGUGCCAUUUAGUACAGAUUCCCACGGUCGGUAUAUUUCUCACGUGCUUUCAGCAACUGGAAGAAAUGAAGGUGUUUCGAUUUCUGGCCGGAGGAGGGUGGCACGGAGCGCCCGGGACCCUUUCCAAUUCACCUCAUCUGGCCAGCAUUUGUUUUUCAAUGUCACAGUCUUUGGAAAGGAAUUGCACUUACGCUUAAAGGCCAACAAUAAGCUGGUAGCCCCUGGUGCCUUUGUGGAAUGGCAAGAAGAUUUUGAGGAAAUUUCCAAGGAAGCGAUCCAUGGAGACUGUGCAUUUAAUGGGGAUGUAACUCACAUGCCAGGGACUACCGUGGCAAUAAGCAACUGUGAUGGACUGGCAGGGAUGAUUCGCACUGAUAAUGAGGAGUUUUUCAUUGAGCCCCUAGAGAAAGGGCAGCAGGAAAUGGAAGAAAAGGGGCGUGUUCAUGUGGUGUACCGCAGGUCUACCAUCAAAAGGGAACCAUUGGAAACAAGGGAGGACCACCACUAUGAAGAACAGUUCAACACAGCUGCUGCAGUACUCAGCUCACCAGCUGUUCCUGACUUUGGCCUAGGAGAGCUGCAGAAUUCGCUGGACAAGAUAGAGCAUCAAUUGAUCCAGUCAGAUCGCAAAAGGAGACAUGCCAAGAAAGAUGACUACAAUAUCGAGGUGCUGCUGGCGGUGGAUGAUUCGGUAGUGCGAUUCCAUGGGAAGGAACAUGUACAAAACUAUGUCCUAACUCUCAUGAAUAUAGUAGAUGAAAUUUACCAUGAUGAGUCCUUGGGAACCCAUAUCAACAUUGUGCUUGUCCGUAUAAUUAUGGUGGGAUAUCGCCAGUCUAUCAGCCUGAUUGAACAAGGGAACCCUUCGCGAAGCCUCGAACAGGUCUGCCGAUGGGCUCAUUCCCAACAGCGCUCUGAGCCUGACCAUGCAGAAUACCAUGACCAUGCCAUAUUCCUGACAAGGCAAGAUUUUGGUCCUGCAGGUAUGCAAGGUUACGCUCCUGUGACAGGCAUGUGUCAUCCCUUAAGAAGCUGCACACUCAACCAUGAAGAUGGCUUCUCCUCUGCUUUCGUAGUGGCCCAUGAGACUGGCCAUGUGUUAGGUAUGGAACAUGACGGUCAGGGGAAUCGCUGUGCUGAUGAAACCAGCAUGGGCAGCAUAAUGGCACCACUAGUACAGGCCGCCUUCCAUCGCUAUCACUGGUCACGCUGCAGCAAACAGGAGCUGAACAGAUACAUACACUCUUAUGACUGCUUGCUGGAUGAUCCCUUUGAACACAAAUGGCCCAAGCUUCCGGAGCUCCCGGGAAUAAACUACUCAAUGGACGAACAGUGUCGCUUUGAUUUCGGCGUGGGAUACAAAAUGUGCACUGCUUUCCGAACAUUUGACCCUUGUAAGCAGCUUUGGUGCAGUCACCCUGAUAAUCAGUAUUUCUGCAAAACUAAGAAGGGUCCCCCUCUAGAUGGGACAGAAUGUGCACCAGCAAAGUGGUGCUUUAAGGGUCACUGCAUAUGGAAGACUGCAGACCAGCCGUAUAGCCAGGAUGGAAACUGGGGCUCCUGGAAUAAAUUUGGGUCUUGCUCCAGGACCUGUGGUGGUGGAGUACGUUCCCGCAGCAGACAGUGCAACAACCCACCCCCCGCAUAUGGAGGACGUGACUGCCAUGGAUCCACUUUUGAAUAUCAACUAUGUAAUACUGAAGAAUGCCGUGGCCCAUAUGAAGAUUUCAGAGCCCAGCAGUGCUCACAACGAAGCUCACAUUACCACCAGAACAAAAAACAUACCUGGCUUCCAUACGAACACCCAGAUGAGGCCCAGAAGUGUGAACUGAUUUGCCAGUCUAAAGAAACAGGAGAUGUGGUGUUCAUGAAUCAGGUGAUCCACGACGGGACACGAUGCAGUUACAAAGACCCUUUUAGCGUCUGUGCCCGAGGGGAGUGCAUGCAUGUGGGAUGUGACAAGGAGAUUGACUCCUUUAAACAGGAAGAUAAGUGUGGCGUGUGCGGUGGGGACAACUCACAUUGUCGAACAGUCAAAGGGACAUUUGUCAAGACUCCCAAAAGACCAGCAGGCAUGUUGAAAAUGUUUGACAUACCAGCAGGAGCAAGACAUAUUCUCAUAGAAGAGACUGAGACAUCACCGCAUGUUAUUGCUGUUAAAAAUCAAGCAACAGGUAAUUUCAUACUGAAUGCAAAAAUUGAAGCCAAGCCCAAAACAUUUAUUGACAGUGGUUUGGAGUGGGAGUACACCAUUGAAGAUGGCAAGGAAACCUUAAAAGCUAACGGCCCCCUGCAUGACAACAUUAUUGUUUUGGCAAUACCUCAAGAUGAUGGCUCCAAAACCAGCCUAAUGUAUAAGUACAUUAUCCAUGAAGAUCUGUUGCCAGUUAUUGGAAACAACAAUGUCCUUUUGGAAGAGAUGGACACAUAUGAAUGGGCCUUGAAGAGCUGGUCACAGUGUUCAAAACCCUGUGGGGGAGGUAUACAGUAUACAAAGUAUGGCUGUAGGAGAAAGAGUGAUAACAGGAUGGUCCACAGAAACUUCUGUGACACCAACAAGAAACCCAAGCCAAUCAGAAGACGGUGUAACCUCAAUGAAUGUAGCCAGCCAUUGUGGGUGGCAGAAGACUGGAGCUCUUGUAGCAAGGUAUGUGGGAAACUUGGAUUCCAGUCAAGGGUGGUACAAUGUCUUCAGUCUCUUCAAAAUGGCACUAACAGGACAGUCCACACCAAAUACUGCACUGGGGAGCGGCCAGAGAGCCGGAGAGCCUGUAACCGUUCACCAUGUCCAGCACAAUGGCGCACAGGAGCCUGGUCUCAGUGCUCUGUGAGUUGUGGAGAAGGAAUUCAACAACGACAGGUAGUGUGCCGAGCUACGGACAACAGCGUUGGCCACUGUGAGGACGGCAAGCCAGAAACUGUACUGAUUUGUAAAUUGGAACCCUGCCCAGGAAAAUCCAUGUUACCUUCACCAAGCACAGAAACUGUUGAACAUGUCACCCCCAAAGUUCAGUGGGUAUCCCAGAUGGUUCCAGAAAGUCCUGUUAAUAAGAUCUCUACCAAUGAGCCCUGCCUUGGUGAUAAAUCCAUAUUCUGUCAGAUGGAAGUCCUAGCCCGCUAUUGCUCCAUCCCGGGCUACAACAAGCUGUGCUGCGAGUCCUGUAAUAAGAAGAUAGCUACUACAACACCACUGCCAAACCUUGAGAAAACUGAUUCUCUGGCUGUCCAGGCCAGUCCCAAACCAAUCCCAGACAUGGUAGUCAAGCCAACUGCCCAAAACCAACCUCAAAUGACCAACAGAGCUGCUACAACAAUGAUGAAUACAUCGGCACCACUUCAAGCCUUGACUGUCGAUACAUCAGACCUCAGGGCUGCUGGCACCUCAAUUUUGAUCUCCACGGUUCAGUCUCAGGGUACUGCCAGCCGCUCCACAGCUGUAGACAGUGAAAUUUUUGGAAACCUAUUUAGACUACCUCCUGGCCAAAAAAUAGUGGGGACAAGCACUGUAGGUGCACUGGAUACCAUGGCCUCAAAAAGGAUUGCAUUAGACUCCAGUAAGACUUCCCAUAGCACUACUAGUACAAGCAGCACUUUAGGUUCCUCAGGUGUGACCAGGUCAAGAAGAGAUGAUUAUGGAUCUGAGACAGACUUGACACACCAAACCUCACCUGUAGUUACAUGAAUUAUGACUUAAUCUGUGAACAUGCACAUUUAAUACUGAAGCUGACAGUAACAUACCUGUUUUUUUUUUUGUUUUGUUUUAACUGUGACUCUGAGGCACUUUUUUUAACCAGUUGCUGCAAGUAAAUUAUUUCUGUGCAAGUGAAUUUUGACCAGCGAUGGUUACCUCAAAGUUGGCAGAAAUUAUUCAAUGUUUCACUUACAAGCAGUGUAUUACACAACACUCCAUGCUUUACGAAACAAAACACAAAAAUUGACUUAAUCAGGUCUCCAGACUGUGACUAAAAUAGUCGGCAACACGACUUAAAAAUAUUUCCGGCUACAGUAUUUUUUUAUGUUAGGCACUGUUGGCUCCUAUAGCAAAAUUGACCAUCUGGUCAAUGGUGACCAUCACCAUUGACCAAAACUCAAAAACACCAACAGGCAGAGCCGUGUUUUUUCACUCAUUAUGCUCAUACGUAAUAUGUAAAUACACCAAUGCAUUUUAAUGUGCAGUGCAUGUGUGAGAGAUGAGAAUUUGUUGAUAAUGAUGAUCUGGCGGAAAGUGCACCUUCACAGCAAAGAAUUCAAGUGCAUCAAGAAUUUCCCUGCUUAUGUUAAAAAAAUGUAUUGUGAGUUCCCUUUCAAUUCGAAGACGACCACCAAAACAUUAAGUAUGGGAUAUGCC